CAUAAAUCGCGAGCAGAGGGAGUGAGAGAGUGAGAGCACUUCCAGUCAGGGAUUUUCUGCUUGCACUGUACAUGACAGAAGCGUCAUUGUAGUUUUUUGCUGUCUGGGGGCAAGCAUAUGGAUACUGGGUUAUCUGGAUUUAAUAUCCGUUACGACAUUGUAUUGGUUUUCACCGGUUUCCCUGGCACGUUUUUUUGUUUCUGGAAUAAACAUUUCGAAAGCUUGCUUGCCAGCAAAUGCUUUCUCUUCCGUCUUUUCUGAGGCUCUGCAAAUGUCAGUGGAAUAAUAUAACCCAGGAAGGGAAGCAGUGUUUCUGCAGUUUUCUUCAAAAAUACGUGAUAAAUAAUUUCGUCUGAUGCAUCCAAGACAGACACGCAGUUUCCCGAUGCUUGACUUUGAGGAAGAUAUAUUUUAAAGGAUAUCCAAAACUUGCUACUUUUCCAAGGAUCUUUGCUCGCUGCUGAAAGGGGCGUAUCGUUAGCUAAGAUCAAGCAUUCCUGACGCUUUUUUUAUUCUACAGCGGCAGACCACGUUCCUUGUCUGCACCAUGCUGUAAGUUCAUUUGCUGCUGAAAGUUGAAGUGAAUGGUGCAGUUUUGCAGCUCUACCACGAGCCGUUUCCUUAAUUAUAUUUAUGUGUUUGUUAUUAUUUUGCGUAUUUAAGAAUAGAAAGGCAUCGAUUUAUACUAAGACAACAUUGCUCCGUUCACUGCCGUGCUUUCUUUGAAGGUCAGAAAUACAACGCAGUUAAGCACUGUGAAAUAUUAUAUUGAUUCUUUUUUUAAUCGUCGUAACAAUUCGAAUAGCCUACUAUUUGGUCACUUUGUUCAUUCAAAUAGUUUGAAUUGAGCACCUUACUCGUGGAGCCAUGGACAUGUAUUUUGUGUGAAACUAUUGGUACAGGCUUUGUCAAACCUUUCCUAUACCGUGAUGGCAAACGAGAGUCCCUACGAUAAUCGGAAUAUAGUGGAAAAAUACAUAUAUCACAAACUAUUGAAAAAGGGGUAUGUAUGGGAAUUCCAAGAGGCCGGGGAAAACGAUUCUCCAAAUAACGGAUUAGCGGAUAUCUCCCCCUCCAACUCUCAAGUUCUGGCACGGCGAACCCAAGCUGCCACGGAUGGAGAGAACGUUUCCCCUUUUCCCAACCGACUCCAGCAACCCGACCCUCACGCCGCUCUGCAUCGUGUUUUGCGUGAAGCAGGGAAUGAAAUUGAAAGGAUGUAUCUUCGGGACUUUGCUGAAAUGUCAGACCAGUUGCAUUUCACACCAAACACGGCACAACGCAAGUUUACAGCGGUCGUUGAAGAACUGUUCAGCGAUGGAGUGAACUGGGGUCGGAUCGUGGCGUUCUUUGAGUUUGGAGGAACUAUGUGUGUGGAGAGUGUGAACCGCGAGAUGACGUCCCAGGUCGAUAGCAUUGCACACUGGAUGACGGAUUAUCUGAAUGGACCCCUUCACAUCUGGAUCCAAGAGAAUGGUGGCUGGGAUGCCUUCGUGGAGCUGUAUGGUCAGCAGAGAGAGUCAGUGUUCCACUGCUCCUGGCCGUACAUAAAGACGGUUUUUGGCUUGGCUGCCCUGGGGGCCGCGGGAGUCACCAUCGGAGCCUAUUUCACACAGAAGUGAAGAAGCCCAGGAGCUCCGUUGUCUUUCGAAGCACCACGCUGAAGAGCACCGGCCACCGGCCGUCACCCGGCACUCUCUCUCACGCACGCACACGCGCACACACACACGCGCAAGCACACAGCCCUUCCAAGCCUUCAGUGAUCUGACAUAGUCUCUGAAGCCUGCUGUGGCACAUACUGAGAAAGCAAAACACACACAUACAUACAUACAUGAAAAAGCAAAUUCACUGCCUUUAUGAAAAUGUUGCAAAAAAAGAAGAAAAGAAUAUGAAAAAAGUUAAGGGUUCUGUUGAACCAUGUGGUCAUGGGUUUUGAUGUGUUUUGUACUAUUUUUAGCAUGAGUCUGUGAUACAUGUAUGUAACUCUGGUGUGAAUGUACAUACUCUCUUACUCUUGGCCUUGCAGAGGGACUGUAGCAUGGCGGUUCUCCGUGCAUUCCCGCUCAUGGGAGGCUCAGGAGUUGCUGUGACUCUCCUUGUGGAGCUAAGUCAGAAAGUUUAGGUGCGGAGCGGGGGGGCCUGUUUGAACCUGGCGGUUCCCCCGUAGAGGACUCCGAGUUGAACGGCACAGAUGUUCUGAAUUUAUCAUUAAAGGGCUUGUUUCCGAUUUGCUGCAUGGAAAUGCCCAUAAUUUUCAAGUACAAAGAGCAUCGCUAAACUUUCCACGUUGGCUUUUGUGAGAGUUUUCAAUAACAGAACCCUCCUCUUUCUUACAUUUUUUUUUCUUUGUUGGUGUCAUCAUAGACAGUUCAUUUCUUUCAGAGUUUGGGAAGCGCUGCUUUACUCUCAAAGUUUCUGGGAUUUCUUCAUGCAUUACUUGAAUGUAUCUGUGCCAGUUUGAAACUCCUAGCUGGGUUCCCUCUCUCCUAACUCACUCACUUCAUGCGUUUUUGACCCGACUAACACAAAGUCCUGUUGAUCUGGACUGAUUUGUUGGAGUGGGAAGAUGACCAGCCAAUAAGCAAAAGGAGGAAAGUGAAGGACCAAUGCCCGCAAGAAGCUUCUGCGUUUUUUUCCUGCUGAGCAAUCUUAAAGAAAACCCCAUAGUUUUAACAUAAUUUUAAUAAUGAAUCUUCUGAAAUACUCAAAGCAGACUUGUGGAGACAGGCUAACUUACCAUUAUGCCGGAAACAUACCCUACGCAAGUACGCAAACGCAAAUGACAAUGCCUGAUUGUACAUACUUAAUGUGCGCUCUUAUGUCCAAGUGGAGGUAUUAAACCCGAGUGCUCAAGCGGGCAAUCCAGGACAGUUGUGAAAGAAAAAAUCACAAUUUGAAGGGGCUAUAAUGCCCCUUGCUGCAAUGCUUGAAGAAUUGCAUUAUUUCAGGUGACCCAUUUUAGAAUGCGACAGCGUGUUUAGAAACCAACUUUGCGUAGCUCAAAGCGUACUUACGUAGGGUUUGUUGCGGGCCUUAGUACUCAAAACAAGCUAGUAGAGCCAGGCUAACCUUACCAUUAGUGCUCAAAACAUACUAGUGUGGCCAAGCUAACCUUAACAUUAGCACUCAAAACAAACUAGUGGAGUCUGGUUGACAUUACCAUUAGUGCUCAAAACAAACUAGUGUAGCCAAGCUAACCUUAAAAUUAGCACUCAAAACGAACCAAUGGAGUCAGGCUAACCUUAAAAUUAGCACUCAAAACGAACCAAUGGAGUCAGGCUAACCUUACCAUUAGCACUCAAAACAAACCAAUGGAGUCAGGCUAACCUUACCAUUAGCACUCAAAACGAACCAAUGGAGUCAGGCUAACCUUACCAUUAGCACUCAAAACAAACCAAUGGAGUCAGGCUAACCUUACCAUUAGCACUCAAAACAAACCAAUGGAAUCAGGCUAACCUUACCAUUAGCACUCAAAACGAACCAAUGGAGUCAGGCUAACCUUACCAUUAGCACUCAAAACGAACCAAUGGAGUCAGGCUAACCUUACCAUUAGCACUCAAAACAAACCAAUGGAGUCAGGCUAACCUUACCAUUAGCACUCAAAACAAACCAAUGGAGUAAGGCUAACCUUACCAUUAGCACUCAAAACAAACCAAUGUAGUCAGGCUAACCUUACCAUUAGCACUCAAAACAAACCAAUGGAGUCAGGCUAACCUUACCAUUAGCACUCAAAACAAACCAAUGGAGUCAGGCUAACCUUACCAUUAGCACUCAAAACAAACCAAUGGAGUCAGACUAAACUAAAAAGGCAACAAAAUGAGACCAUCAGUAAGGCUCUCUUUUUCAGAACCAGGUGAGUCUGGAUUUGGGAUUUAAGAAGGUAGUGAAGGUGGGUUUGAUAGGAGAGAAUUGGGGGGGGGGAGUGAGGGUAGUAGAGGGGUUGCUGGAUAAGGUGGAUGCCUGAGACAGAGGACAGAGAAAGCGAUUGAGAGGGAGGGAAGGAGGGAGCGAAAUAGGGAAUGCAGACAGCUGCUAAUCAUCACGUUGCAGGCCCUGAUUAUGGAAAUGUGAGCAGACGAGAGCCAACCAGAGAGAACAGGGUGUUUAUUGAGCCCCGCUCCAGAUGAGGUUCAGGGGCUGACCUGGGACGGGUCCACAGUAAGCCCGCAGAGCUUCUGUCCACAGGUGCUCUCCGUCUGCCCCUCCCUCCGCUUCCCUUUAUCUUCCCUCCUUCCUGUCUUUGCGAUAGCGUCUCUGGUUUCAGGCCAGGCUCCCAGGUUCACCAGCGCUGUCCUUACCUGGGCGAUGCUGCUUCGGCCAAUAGCUGAAGGUUUCCAGCGGCCCAGCCCACCCAUUUGCCAAACGCCCCCUGUGAGCCCACAACCCCAGCUUCACUGCAUCUGUUCCUGAUAGACCUGGUCACCAACUCAAAUAUCAGACACUAUACCUGGUUUGGGCUACUGGUUCCAGCAGGGCUGAUCCACAGGCUCGACUGUGUCAGCGAUCCCCGUCUCUCUGGCACUCGGGGCUGACCUGGCCUCGCCGUUUCUGCCUGGUGCUGGCAAUUUCCUUUGUUAUCAUCACUAAACGCUUGUUUGGGUGCUGCGAGAGGGCGAUUCGGACCCAAGGCUUCGCAGGAAGGUCGGAACGAGGUCAGGGUUUGAUUGCGAAACCUUGCUGCUUUCUCUUCUCUUUUUCUCUCCCUGCUGUAGACAGUUUGUGGGGGGGGGGGGGAUGUGGACUGCGGUGGGGGGGUUGUUUUACCGGAUGAGCCCAGACAGACAGACACCUGCUGCUGUGGGAUGGAUCUGUCCCAGUGCAGCCGGAGCAGGAAACAUAAUCCCGCCGCGCGCCUGGCCUGUCUGCGCCGCUUCCGCCCCGGGGACGGCCUGAUCGAUGGCCUGGUCUCUAAUAGCAACGGGGCCAGGCCGCGGAGGAGAGGGGCGCCGGGCACUGUCCCAUUUCGUGUGGUCGCUCCCUGGGUGCCGCACGCUAAUAUGGUUACUGUUUUGUUUCGGUUUUUUUUUUUACAUCAUGCGUGUUACUCGUCGACAGAGUCACGGUUGAUGCUGGCAGAUGUUUGGUGGGUAUGGCAGCGCGUGUGAGCUUGGGCGGCGGUUCUGAGUUCUUCUCCUUGGAGGGUUCUGGCGGUUCAGGGCUUUCGAGCGCAGGCGUUUCCGCAGGACCGGGCCUGUCUGUGGCCUCGUCCCCGCUCUCACUGUCUGACUUGGUUUAACUUCUCACUUCCUUUAAAUCAUAUUUCUGAACAUUUCUUUAAAUCCCAGCUGAAAGUUACAUUUGCUAUACUUAAGAGUAAUUUGUGCUUUUUUGUUGUGUUUUUGGGGGGUUGGGAGGGGGAUGGGGGGAUUAGACAGGUUAAUUAUUGGAGGAAAUUACUCUCUAUCUGGGAGUGGAAUUUUACACAAUAAUUUUUCUUUCUGUGUGACUUGACUGUGCAUGAAUUUGACUAAUAGACUGUUUGUAUUUCUUACUGUUCCUCAGUCACCUUAUAGCAAUGAUAGCACCGUCAAAGACAGUAGAUGACUAAAUAUACCACUUCAUUCUGUUUCCCCAGAAUUUAAAUGGUGUGGUCAUGUUUUUUUCUCUUGCUGUUGUUUCUGCAUUUAGUGUAGCUAACUGAUGUCUUGCGACAUUUUAUCACUGCCCAUCACUUCUUACAAGUUUACAUCUGCGUAUCCACAUAUUAUGGAAAGUAUAAAAAAAUGAUAUACAUGUUAACUAAGGUUUGCCGAGCUCCUUGUUUAUGUGUUUUAAUUUAUUUUAAGGUACCAAAAUACGCAUUAACUUCUCUGACAGCACCAAACUAUGGAACGUGAGCACUUACUCUGGAUAUUCACUUAUGAGAUGGAGGCGGGAGGUGCUGGACACAUGGAAGUCUCCCACAGACUGUUCUGAAAUAUUAUUUUUUGUUUGUGAGUCUUGGAAUUCGCACUAUAGCAAUGAGUAGUUAUUUGCAGCUGCUGAUAUAAAUGAACAACAUUGACUGCGUCUUUAGGACGAAAAAGGAUGAAGACAGGUGUUUUUUUAUAAUGUUUAAAGCUGCUGCUUACGAUGUGGAAUUACAGCUAAAAUACUGCCACCACCGGAGCAUUGUGUCUGUCCUUACUGUUCAGGAAAAAAAAAAACAUACAUACAAAAAAAACAAAAAAACAAAAACAAAAACAUGAUGUCUCAUAGACGUAACCUCUUGUACCCAAAUGUUUCCUGCUUUUUCUUCAAAAGCAAUAUAAUGGCAAGGGGGGGGGGACUUGAAGGAAGAGGAGAGCUUCGCAACUGACGCCUUUUAUUUCCAUGGAAUGAAUCAACGAGGAAAAAAGACUCAAGUGUUACGACGUGGGUCACGGACACUGGAGCAGUGCUGCGCUCUUCUAAGGAGGAUCUUUUGUCGAGGGGCGAGGCGGUGCUCUCUCUGAGCGGGAACUCUUCACUGAACGGAGAGGCCGUGCACUAAAGGAUGCAGGCAGGAACCUUGUUUUGGCGUCCUUUACAGGGAGAAGGAUGCACACACCCAGACACAGGGACCCAGUGAAAAGGGGUCUCGUGGUGGAGUCCGCCCCUUGCCGCUGCGCGGUUUGUGUUCUUGGAAGGGGGGGGGGGAGGGGAUGAAAGAAAGAGCUACGUGUGCAGAAAGAAUCUCUGAACCUUUUUAUUUCAUUUUAAACUUUAUUUCUCUCCUACUUCAAGGAUGUGACUACAUUCUGUUAAGAGGGAGCCUUCAGAAAGAGAGAGGGGUGUGAGGAAUUCCAUAGGAAGGGUUGUUACGAUGGGCGAUGAUGAUAGAAGAUGUACAUAUGUAUAAAGGUGAAUGUAGAGCAUGCUGAUUGGUCUCUUCAGAAUAUAAAGUGGCCGGGCCAUCGAAGGGCAGUCUUCAGGGAGGUGUCGGCUGGCCCAUAGCUAUCUCUUUAAACAGCAGCCGUAGUUUUGUAGUUUCAGCCGCGACCCGCGGUUCGGGUCACGUGUUCUGUCGCGCGUCGGCCCUGUCUCGUCAAAAACGUCCGCAUUGAUGAAUGUCGAGUGUUUCGUCUUACGCAAACUGAUUUAGUCAAGCAUUUAAAAAAAAAAAAAAAAAAAAAUUGCCUCAGUUUGUGUUGCUGCACUUAAGACGCCGAUCUGUUCCGAUUCAUAGCUUCUGUCCUCCUUUUUGAGUUUGUGUUUUUUGUAUUCGUCCCAUUACAUUGUCUAUGACUGGAUUAAAAUGGGCUCCCUUGAGUUGCCUUUCAUUUGCACAUGCAAGCAGGUAUAUUUAAAACAGAUUAGCUAUGACCGGCUAUCUUAAAGUAGCAUUCAGAAACUGUCAUACAUGUUUUUUGAAAUUUUUGACAGCCGUCUCCCAUAAUACACAGCACAGGAGCACAACCCCUGGAGGGCUGGUGUGUGUAGGUUUUUGUUCCAAUAACAUAUUGCAACUUCAUUUCUGAAACAGUUGCAUAUGCGAUGCUGGUUAACUCCUGCGUCGGACCACAGUAAAAUCUUUUCACCAAGAAUACAUCAUAGAUAUUAUGUGCAGGCUGGGGCUGUAGCUCUGCUUUGACUUAGUCAAAGAACUUUUAUCAAACAAACGAUUGGGCUAAUCGCAUAAUAAGGAGCCAAAGCUGGCAUGAAAUGGGCCAUCAGUAGAGGUUUUUAAUGUCCUUUACCAAUACUGAAGGCCUUUCCAUCAGUUUCCAUUAUUCAGCUUUGCAUUUCUGCCCCGUGAAAAGAGAGGUGACCUUUAGAAUGAUCGUGAUUAAAAAAUAAUCAUAGAACAUGUUUUUUUAAAAUAUUUAACUAGACUAAUUACUAUUCAAAUUGCUAUUAUAUAAGCUGAAAUAUUAAAGUUGAGGGUGCCAGGCUGAAAACAGUGCAGGUUACUCUGAUGACAAGAAAAUGAUUAAUUCACUGCAGUGUCGGGGGAAACGUUCCGAUUCCUCGCCAAGAACAAAAGCAAGGCUUUCACAGGAGGAGGCAGCUAAGAGUAUCCGUGCUCAUCGUUUGUUAAAUCUGACAGUAUCAAUUUUCUUUAAACAGAAAAAGGGCACAGAAACGGUUAUUUAUAUAAAAUUAAGGGGGUAAUAUUUUACAUUCGGAUAUUAAUUAUUUAUUCCCAGAGUAGCACACAUUGAUUUUUUUUUUAUUAAACAAAUUUGUAUCAUUAUUUUUAUUUGUGUUAAAAAUUUAGGAAUGGUGAGCUGCUUUAUAAUAAUAUUCAGAGCUUAUAUUAAUUUUCAUUUUAAUUGUAUAAUUAUCUGUAUUCUGAAUGUCUCUUCAGUCUUGUCACUUUCCAUUGUAGUAUUCUAUAAAAGCCUGCAUUAUUCUGUAAGAUAUACAAUUUCUACUAGUUUUGAUUGCAAUUUUCUUGUUCUGUCAUCUUGCAAAUCAUGAGUUUAAAUGUUUCCUUUGCUCUAUAUAAUGUAUCCAUGUCAUAAGCUAUUAGAAAUGUAUUCAAAUUAAAUGAAACUUGGCCUUCUAA